GCCGCGGCCAGAAUACCCUUGACCUUGCACCCAUAUAUUCAGGGAAAGCAAAUUUGGAGGAUUAACUUGUAAGUUCUUCAUAAAUGUUCAGCACCAUGGAGUAUUUAUUUAAAAUCUGAUAAUCAGGGCUACUUUUUUAUGACUUCCAUUCCUUAUGUACUUUUUGUUCCAAUAUCCAGUUAUCUGAUGCCAAUUAAAUGACAGAUCUUCACAUGGCCUUUCUACCAUAGAUUAUCAAAGCCGUUAUAACUAUCAAGCCUUAGGAUGUCGAUUGGAAAAAUACACAGUGACUUAUUCUUGCAUUAUUACAAAACAUGGGGUGGAGUUGAGGAUUAUGUAUCAGAUAACUUGGGGAUACCAGAUUUUUUUCAGCGUGUACCACAAGAUAAUGAGGUUUUGCCCACAAAACUACGAGAGGACGCUAGAUCUGCUUUGUUGGAGAGAAAAAGUAUGGGGUUAUUGUCUAAUACUGAACUCCAAGAGUUUUGGUAUCUUUUGGAACGCUAUCAUUCACCUCCUACAGUUAACGGUGAAAAAUUUAUGAAUUAUGAGAAUUUUCGCAAAGCAUCUAAAGAAGCAUCUCCCAAGGCAAAGCAAUAUUUCACAGCAGCUACAUUUGUUAAGUUACUUCGUGAAGAUGAAGUUCUGUCACGUAUUAACAUUUUAGCAUUUUUCAAUUAUGUCAUGAAAAAAGUGUGGUUGCAACAAACUCAUGUUGGAAUAUCUCUUUAUGAUGUGUGCGGUGAAGGUUAUUUGCGAGAGACCGAUCUGGAAAAUUAUAUGUUGGAACUUAUACCGACUUUGUGUCAGCUAUCAGAGUUGGAGCCGACGUUUCAAACAUUCUAUGUGUGCACAGCUGUACGAAAGUUCUUUUUUUUCCUUGAUCCUUUACGCUCGGGUCGUGUACGUAUCACCGACAUUUUAUCUAGUGGAUUUUUGGACUCUAUGCUUGAAUUACGUGAAGUAACUACAUCAGAAGCACAAUUAGCUGCUAAUUGGUUUAGUCAUCAAUCAGCUAUACGUGUUUACGGUAGCUAUUUACUCUUGGAUGAAGAUCGAAAUGGCUUGUUAACACGCAGUGAAUUAUCACGAUUUGGAAAUGGUACGUUAACUGACGUAUUUCUCGAUCGUGUAUUUCAAGAAUGCUUAACCUAUGAAGGUGAAAUGGACUACAAAACUUAUUUAGAUUUGGUUUUGGCUACGGAAAAUAAACAUGAACCACAAGCAAUUGCUUAUCUUUUUCGUAUUCUUGAUGUUGGAGGUCAAGGUAAACUGGACUCAUUGACAUUAAGAUAUUUCUAUGAUGGGAUUGAAAAGAAACUACGUGCUUCAGAUAGUGAUACACCAAGUUUUGAAAAUGUAUUAAGUGAAAUAUUUGAUAUGGUACGACCAGCGAAUCCACAUUACAUCACCGUAGAUGACCUUAUCAAUUGUGGUAAGGGUGAUACCGUAAUAAACAUAUUAAUUGAUCUUCAAGGAUUUUGGGCUCAUGAAAACCGUGAAGCUUUUACUUCUGAAAUACCAGACGAAGCAGAAUUGUAGAUCUAUUUUCGAUCAAUAACCAAUGUCCAACUUUGUGAUCAGUGUUCAUUUACUCGCUACAUUUUUUUAAAGAAACAAUAAUUAACUUGUAUAUUCGUUACACAGUGGAACACUUAAACUUUUGUAAUAUAUCAGUACUCAAAUAUACAAAACCUCCACAAACUGUAAAGGUAGUUCUCAGUUUCCGUUCAGUAUUUUUUGUUGACAAAGC